GAGGAAAGAAGGGAGGAGGAGAGAGCAGUUUCAGGAGCAGAGGAAGGUUUCAGUGGCCGGUUCGAUAGAAAAAAAUAAUACGUAGAAGUUGGAACUGAAGCAUAAAGCGUGUUAAAGUCCGUGUGUGGAGUUACUGCUGCCGCGAGCCGCUGGGCACGUGCCUGCUCCGGAUUAGAUGAGACGGAUUUCACGAUGAGGAGCGACCCGGUUCUGUUCGGCUCCAACAGGGCGAUGGAGGAGCUGGUGUGUGAGCUCCGUCUGUUCCUGGACCUAUUGGACAGGGAGUAUCUGAGCGCGGGGGUCCGAGAGAAGAAGCUGCACCUCUCAAACAUUCUACACAGAGUCCUCUCAGAAAAAGAGCCUUCCUUCAAGUCAGAGAUCAGCAGUGGUCUGCCGGCACCGCCUCAGAUGCCCCUCCCUGAGAUCCCUCACCCCUGGCUGCCUCCAAACACCGCCCCCCCCCCUCUGCCCAGCUCCUCUCUACCAGAAGGCUACUAUGAGGAAGCAGUUCCUUUAAGUCCUGGAAAAGCUCCCGAAUACAUCACAGCCAACUAUGACUCGGACGCCAUGAGCAGCUCUUAUGAGUCGUAUGAUGAGGAAGAGGAGGAUGGAAAGGGCCAGAAGAUGCGUCACCAGUGGCCAUCUGCAGAGGCGUCCAUGGAUCUGGUGAAGGACGCUCGGAUCUGUGCAUUCCUGCUGCGCAAGAAGCGCUUUGGACAGUGGACCAAACUGCUCUGUGUCAUCAAAGAGAACAAACUGCUGUGUUACAAGUCCUCCAAAGACCAGACCCCCCAGAUGGAGCUGACUCUGUAUGGGUGUAGCAUCACUCACAUUCCGAAAGAUGGCAAAAAGAAGAAGCAUGAACUUAAGAUAGUCCACCAGGGGGCGGAUGCGCUGGUUCUGGCCGUGCAGAGCAAGGAGCAGGCAGAGGAGUGGCUCAAGGUGAUGAGAGAGGUGUGUGUUAAUGGGGGCGUGGACUUGGAUGGAACUGGAUCUGGUUCACCAGUGCACAAACCUGAACUGGAAAAGAAGGCAUCUUAUGACAAACCAAGUUCCGAUGGUGAAGCAACUCAUGAGAACGGACACAGCGACUGCAAGGACCAAGGAAAAGGGAAGAAGAACGCAAAGACUGAGCAGAAGACUGGGACGGUGGGGAAGGGAGCAGGGAAGAAGAUCACCAAAAUUAUCGGCCUGGGAAAGAAGAAGCCGUCCACAGACGAGCAGACAUCUUCAGCAGAAGAAGACGUACCCGCAUGCGGCUACCUAAACGUGUUGUCCAAUAACCGUUGGAGAGAGCGUUGGUGCCGUCUAAAAGAAAACCAGCUGCUUCUCCAUAAGGACCGUAACGACCUGAAGAGCCACAUCGCCUCGCUGCCCCUCAGAGGCUGCGAGGUCAGUCCUGGCCUGGAUCACAAACACCCAUUUGCCUUCCGCCUGCUUCGUAAUGGCCAGGAGGUGGCAGUACUGGAGGCCACUUCCUCUGAGGAAAUGGGUCGAUGGUUGGGGAUCUUAUUGGCUGAGACUGGCUCCACCACAGACCCAGCUACCCUGCACUACGACUACAUCGACGUUGAGACCACCGCCAAUGUCAUCCAGCUGGCCAAGCAGUCCUUCUGUUUUACAAGUAAGCGUGCUGUCUCUCCGAACCCGUACCUGGACAGCCCAGUCAACGGCUACGCCUGCCCCAGUGGCAUGGCUCUGCACUAUGAUGACGUGCCCAUCAACGGAAUGGACCCGGAGUCGCAGUACUCCAGUCCCAGCACAGGGGGGCGCCAGCUGAAAGAGGAGGUGCACUAUGAAAACUCUGACCUAUAUGAGAACAUGCCUUCUCCCAAGCUGACCUCUCGCUGUCUUCCCAAGCUGACCUCUCGCUGUCCUCCCAAGCUGAGCUCUGCUUCCACUUCUGCCAGUCCCUACAAAGCUCCUGUUUCUAAAGUUUCCUCUAAGUUCCUCACUGCUGAUACUAAAACUAAAGCCACUACUCAGCUGAAAGGAAAGAAGGGAACUGGGCCCAAUGGGGGGGUAUCAAAACACAAGGCAGAGCCAAAGAACCAGCUCAAAAAGAAUGGAGUCAACGGGACCAAUGGGACAGCUUCUCUGCAACGCAACAGCUCCAAUGCAGAGCAGUGUAAGUAUGGCAAGAACCGGGUGGAGGCCGACGCCAAGCGGCUGCAGACUAAAGAGGGAGAGCUGAUGAAGAAGAAGCAGGAGAUCAGGAACCAUCUGACCCAGCUGAAGAAGGAGAGGAGAGACCUGCGCACUGCAGUAGAGACUUCACCUGGCAAACGUUCACUGGCCUCUCUGAUGGAGCAACUGAAGAAGGUGGAGGAAGACUGCAGGCAGAGGGAAGAGGAGCGGGUGACCCUAGAGCUGGAGCUGACAGAGGUGAAGGAAAGCCUGAAGAAAGCCCUGAGCGGGGGGGUCACCUUGGGCCUCACCAUUGAACCAAAGGCUGGCUCCUCUGGAGUCAAGUCACCGGCUAUGUUGCGAAAGAAACAGGAGUCUUCCCCUUUCUCCAGCUGUGACACCAGUGACACAGAGUCGUGCUCGCUGCCCGUCAACAGCGCCUCGCUUCUCCGCAGGCAGCAGGGCCAGAAGGCGCCGGCGGUCCGGGGCCACGUCCUCAGGAAAGCUAAGGAAUGGGAGCAGAAGACAGGCACAUAAACCCCCCCAUCACAUCAGUCUUAUUUUGUAUCCUUUAUUACUUUUCAAGAAAUGUGUGUAUAUAUUUAUUUAAAACUUUUCAUAGGGUUAGGGUUAGGGUUAGCGUUGGGUAACAUGGCAAUCACAUGAACAGAAGCAGUUGUUGCUUUUUGUCCUGUCAGUACUACAACCCUUUAAACUGAAUCACCAUGGAGAUGUGCAACCUGUGUCCUUUAGUUGUUUUCUCAGAAGUCUGUUCCAGCAGAUUGACAGUGUGGAUUCAAAAAGGUGAAAACCAAGUAUUUAUUUGUAAAGGUGUAGAGCAAAUACUAGCUCCCUUUGUUUAUUUAUGUUGAUAUAUUUAAAGUUUGAUUUUGAUGAAUGAGUUGCUCUUAACAGAGUCCCAUCUCCUACAAGGUCACAGGUCAGCUUCUGCUAACAAAAUGCAUUCAAAUAAUCAUAACCCACAGCAGCAUUUAUCAGAUCAGUAAGAGUAACAUUAGCAUUGCCCAGUCGCUCCCCAGAUUAUCUUAACUCUGAGAAAGCACAAUUAAUUGUGGAGUUCCAUCUGUAUGGCUGGAUUAAUGCAAAACUGUAUAGUUGCUGAAAGAAAAAAACAUUUUUGAUUAAAAUCACAAUUUGACAUUGUAUUCACAAACCUGUCUCAUUCCAUUAAUAACAACAGAUAUUAUUUAUUUUCUUGGUCAAGGUUGGGACAGUUUAAGGACAUUUUUACAGACAAAUUAUUAAUGAUUUAAUUCAUUAUUAAUACAAUGUGUUUUAUGAGUUAUUACAUGAACACAAAUUAUACCAAUACUGAUCUUGUAUUUUUACUCAAAGAAAUACAAGUACAACAAAGCUUGUAGCGUUGCUAUAAAAAAAAGACUCAAUAUGGUAACAAACGAGGCGGGCUGGACGAGGUCUGGACCUCUGAAUUACUGCCCAAAUCCUUGAAUUGGGCAUAGUUUGCUAAUGUCUUUUCCCGCUGGUUGAAAAAAUCUACCAAUACCAAGUUGAAAAAAGUGAUAUAAAAAUGUGAACAAACAGAAAUGAGAUGGACGCAGCGCUACAAAUUACAGAAACUCAAAAUUGGAAAGAUUCCUCUUCUUUGUUGACCGAAAAUGACAUUGAUAAGACCCCCACUGCAGAAAAGGGGAAGCAUGAUCACAACUUCAGACUAAUAAAUGAAGUGAAAUGGCAGUUAUCCAGUAAUCACAGUUUUGGCAAGCUACAACUACAAAUGAAGUGCGAUGGUGCCAGGCACCAAGCCUCCAAGUCGCAUUCUAAGCCCCUCAAAUAUAAUUUUCACGAACUCGAGUCACAUUUCUAUUAGAGCUUUCUAAUUGCUUUAUAUUUCUCUGAUACACUGUGUUACGUUGGCUGUCAUGUUUGUACAGCUAGUUUGCUUUGUUGGGAUUGUAAACAGAAGUAGUGUUAGCAUUCACUACUGAUGCUACAUACAGCACAGCUAACGGCUCCUCGCUCAUGUCAAUGUUUUAUUUCUUUCUUAUUUUCAAACCGAUACCCCACAAGUCUGUGAACUAGGGUGUACGCAGCAUGUCUACUUGAAGAAAGAGGCUUAUAAGAGGUCCUAUCAACAAGAUUUGAGUAAAUGUGGAUUCCCUGUUUUCUCAGCAUGGCUUAUACCCGAACAAGAUGUCUGAUGUCAGUAAAUGUGAACCUGUUGUACAUAGCGUAGCUUUGUGUGGGGGCUUUAGGGGCACUGCAUCAGUAUUUGUUUUUGCACCUUAUACAUGUUCUUCUCUAUAGUAAACUUAGACAGUCUCCGUCUUGGUGACAGACAUACUUGUAAAUAUUUUAAUAAACUUCCUAACAAACCACUCUCAGUGACUGUGUU